AUGGAUGGUUCUGUUUUUUUGUGGGUUGGAACCGCUGGCCAAAGAGAAUUAGGUGAGAUAGCGAUUGGAAUGCCAGCCCAGACAGAAGGGCGCGAUGCUUUAAGUAGUUCGCUUCUUGGAGAAGAGGUCGGAGCAGCGCCUCUGGCACGUCCACUUCGGAAAGCGUUGGCGCUGGGAGAAGAAGUGCCGGAAGAAACUCCAGCAACGCUUCUAUCAUUAACUGGCAUAGGCGUAUAUAGCGGGGGGGCUGGGUGGGCCGUGCCCACCCCAGUAUCGUCUAGUGCCCACCCCAGGAGUUUGGGUUACCCAUUCGAAAUUUCUAAAACACAUCCAGUCUGCACACCACCAAAG